AACUUUUUGACUUGAUGAAGAUGACACGCGACACGUCUGCUGCCAGCGCCUGAAGACACGGUGAAGAGAGCCUCUAGACUGCUCCCUUGUGGAUUCUUGACAGAGGCCGACUCAGAAGAGAACAUGACUGAAGAUGACAUGUUCAGUGUGGGCUUCACCAGAGGCAGCAGGGGGCGCUCCAGCCUGCCCCUCCACCACUCCACCCCCAAAAGAGAGAGACCUCUAGGUGUGGUUUACCUGCAGUUGGGGGAGGAGACUAAGCAGGUGCAGGUGUGUUCUGACCUCUCCAACAUGGAUGCUGUCCGUGCUCUCUUUGUCCGAGCGUUUCCUCAGCAGCUCAGUCUGAGGCUCCUCCAGUCUCCUCACGCCUCCAUCUGCAUCAGAGACCAAAGCAGCCAGAGCUAUAGACAACUAGAAGACAUCAGAUCCAUCUCUCCACAGUGCUGCCUGAAGGUGUACGUUCGAGACCCAGGACUGGAGCUCAGAUCUGGACAGAGCAGCAGCACGGAGCCCCGGAUAUCCAAAGAGAUCCUGUAUGGCGGCCACACUUCUGCUCUAAAGAAUCUGCAGGGCUCCAUGUCUCCCCCUAUGGUCCGCUCCAUGCCGUCGUCGCCCUCCAGAGGUCAGGGGUCAUCCACGUUACCGCGACAACGACCCCAAGUGGCCGGGCGCAAACUCAGCUCCAACAGCAGCGCCAUCCUGGAGCGGAGAGACGUCAUGCCCGAUGAGGAGCUGUGCCCGAGCCUGGCUGUGGUGGUUCACCCGGAUGCCCUCCCACGCGCCGCGACCUCUCUGCCCCCCUCGCUGUCCUCUGUGCGGGGGGCGUCCCUGUGCAGUGCCCCUCCCUCCCUCUGUGUGGAGCUCCAGGGACCAGGGACCGGACUGCCUCGCUUCCACGCCUCCGUCAAACCUCUGCACAGCCACACGGAGGCGGCGCAGGCCAACACGCUCCACAGACCAAAGACCCGUCAGAGGUUCGGGGACUUCCCUCUGGGGCCCCUGUCUCCGCCAGGCUCUCCCCAGAGACGGAGCACUGUGGGCGGGCACAUCAUUGGAGGAGUGGGCCUGGUGUCCCCUCUGCCUCCGGACCUGAACUCACAUAACAGCAGUGUGAAUGGAGUCCCACAUGAGGCCUACAGGGGGCGCAGUCUCGGCUCUAACUCUUCUAACUCCUCCAACUCCUCUGUGUUUGUGGACCGACCUUUAACCCUAACAGACGAAGUGUUCAGGGGCCUGGGUCACAGCGGCUCCCAGAGUGAGCGCAUCUCGGUGAUGGAGGAGCAGAUUGCCAGUUUAGCCGGUCUGGUUCAUCGUGCUCUGUCUGUGGGAGCAGAGAUACCCGAGAUACAGGAGCUCUCCAGUGAGAAUGGACCACACAGCCUCCUCCUGCACAAACCAGUGAUGUCACAUGCCCCUUCAGGCCCCACCCCUCCACGCUGCCUCUCUGGUGACACCCUCCAACACAAACUGACUCUGACCAAACAGUCUGUGUGUGACCUGAGGCUGCAGCUGGAGCAACUGCGCCACCAACAGCUCUGUCAGCAGGCCGCGGUGCAUUCCAUGCUCAAGGCCAUGGGGCAGGAGCUCCUGGGCUUCAUGAGGCAGAAGCUCCUCCAGGGUCAGGAAAACUUCUAUGGACCACGAGCCGAGGUGGAGAGAGGGAGGAGAGAGUACGUGAAGAACCAGGAACAGAUACUACACCAGCUCAGUGAUCUGGAGGAGUUUGUGGGUGGUCUGCAGAGGUCGGUUCACUCUGGUCCAGGAGCAGUGAGCCUCGGUGAUGUGGAGCUGGCAGCGGUGAACCUGCGCAAAGUGGGACAGGCCAUGGCUCUGCUCAAAGGUGAGUUCCCGCAGCUGCAGAGCCGGAUGUGCUCAGUGCUGCGCCUGGAGGUGGAGGUGGUGCGCUUCCUCAAAGAAGAACCUCUGAAAAUGGACUCCAUGUUGUCCCGAAUCAGGAACCUGACGGAGGAACUCAGCCUCGUGCACAGGAGUGUGUCUGAGUCCUUCAUUCAGUCCAAAGACGACCAGGGCUCCCCCAAACCGCUACCCCGCUCCUCCUUCAGAACCCCACAAAACAGCUCCGACUCUGGGGGAGCUCAGACGGGACCAGCCUCUCCAAGUGUGACCCGUAAAAACACAACCUCCACAGAGCAAAACAUGUCUACAAGUACAGAGGAAACGACAAGGAUACCUCCAGAUGGCAGUGUUGGUCCGGACUCAAAGCAGACUAAAGCAGACCAAACCAGGACAGAGCAGGACCAAACCAGGACAGACCAGGACCAGCCUGAGUCCUCACAGUCCCACUUAGACCGGUCUCUCCAGGAUCCCGUCACCUCAAGAGAAAGUCCGAGCCAGGAUCCUCCUCCGGCCUCGGACCAGGACUCUUCACCAGGAGCCGAGCAGGAGAGGUCCACACAGGCUGAAAACACGGAACACAAAGACAACUCAAGUGUCUUCAAACGACCGUACAGACCGUCAACACAAAAUAAGUCCAUCAGAGCCAUCGCGACGUCCCUUCCUCCUCAAAGGUCUGCGGCCAGCUCUAGUCUUACAAAUACAAACUCUGUGGAGGUGAAAGAAGCAGCUGGAGCUCAGGUGGAGCGUGAGAAAGUGCAGGUGACCAAACCUCCACGUCAGCCUCCAGAAGUCAAACCCAAACCCAAAAGUCCAGCUCUCACAGGGAACGUGACCUUCAACCAAUGCCCUAUAUGCACCACCACCACAACUACUGCGACAACUACAACCACUGCAGUAUCAAGCGACAACAAGGAGGAGAACAGCAAUAUGGCAGAGGUCAAAGUUGAUGCAUCUCUUAGAACUACACCAGUGGAGCGUUCACGUGCAGCUCAUGGAGACAACCACAACCAACCAAAACAAACGACAACUCAGAAUUCAGCUGUGCAAAAGCUAGCAUCAAAUCUGCAAACCCUCGUAAAUCACAUCUCCACAGAUAAGACUCAACAAAAUGGUCGAAACGUCAAAAGUUCCAAUACUGUGGAAAAUAAUAUUGUGACUCACACUGAUAGUACAUCCCUGCCUGUGUUACAAAAAUAUGCCACCAAUAUCAUCUCACUGGAGCAGAUAAGCCAAAAAUGCAAUCCAAAAGACAAUUCUGCGACUUCAGACCAAACUUCUACCCAUUUAAUUCAAGAUACAACAAGUCAAAAUAUUAUUUUACGUGAAAAGGGAAACAGUUCUCCAAACAAAAUGGCCGAAGGUAUAAAUUCUAAUGGCUCUGAUGUCGUGUUGAACAACCAGGGAUUUGAGGAUUUCUGGACCGAUUUUUCCCAGGAACCUUUUAUUGUUGUGUGGGAUGAAUCUAUUGAUAUCGAAGCUACUUUUAAUAGACUUUCUACCAUUCUCGAAUGUGAGGAGGAUCUAGCUAAAUCGCGGGAAAGUGUUUUGAACGAAGACGGUAGCCACGCAAAAAUGAGCGCACCGGUGCAGUUCACUUUCCAGGGCGAAGUUAAAGAAGACGCACAGGUUAAAAAGUCAGACAGCAAGAAGAAAUUCAAGCUAAAGUUUCCAAAAAAUAAGCUAGCACAGAUUAGCCGCGCCAUCCGAACAGGUAGUCUCAGAAAAGCUAAGAAGCAAGAUGAAACAGAAGGCAACAAGCAUGCUAACAGGAACAAAAAGAUGCCGUUUUCUUCACUAAGACCUAAAAAACAGGAGAACGAACUUUGUAAAAACGCGGUGGAUUCCAUAGACAGUUUGGAAGCGUCAGUAAAGCAGUUGGAGGUUAGCAUGGAUAGCUUUGGCGUUGCUACAUCUAUGUCGACGGCGAAUGGGGGUUUGGAGAGGUCAGAACACAGCGACAGAACAGCACCUCAGAUCCUAAAGGACGCACAGCCUCCGCAGAGGAAACGGCUCAAACCAGGAAGAGAACAGACUCCUCUCUCCAGGCCCCGCCCCUUCUCUGACCCUCAGGCUCCGCCCACAGACCUGAGUUUGUCUCCACAGAUCUCCAACAGGAAGAGGCCGAGCUCCCACACACACACUGGACAGGUGGGUCCAGUGUCGCCCUGACCCUUGGCUCCUUCAGACGCUCCUUCAGCACUUGCAGCAGCUCCAGUUUGUAUAAACCAGGGCUGUGGAAUAUCAACAGUAUUCUUUAUAUCUGUCACUUUAAAGCACACUGUGUAACUUUUUAUCUUAAUAUCCAUGGAGACAAGCAAGUGGCACCUCCAUACUAGUUUACAGGUCAGAUCUGUGUAGAGGCGACCCCACUCGCUGUAAGAAUGCUUGUUUUUAUGUGCUGUUUUGAAGUCAUAAAACCACUUGUAAUUGAAUAAAUGUAAGAUAGCCUUAUGUGUAAUGCCAUAAAUUGGGACAUUCCAAGCACAGCAAUAUUAUCUUCAUGGAGACAAACUGGUGACGACCCUAUAUUCUAAAAAGUUACACAGUACAGCUUUAAAAACAUUUUGAAAACACGACUAACUCAUGUGUAAUUAUCUAAAGAAGCUCUAUUUCAUCUCAUUUGCACUUCUGCCAAAGACAUCAAGGAUACGUGUUUCAUUUCAAUUGUACAGAAAACGCAGAUAUUUAUUUUUCUAUUGAUACUUUGCAGCUGAUGUCAUCAACAUUCACUGGGGGUGUGAAGCUAACUGGAGGCACUACUCUGUCUGAAUCUGUGUUAGACUUGAAUCUGAGCUUUGUUUUAGCAAAAUCUGAUCAUAAAGAGCUGAUUUAGCUGCAACUACAACCAGUGCGCUAAUUUGUGCUGAUAAACAAGUCUUUCACACAUAAAAUUACAGCCGGAAGCUAGCUAGCAUUAGCCAACAGUUUUUCAGUUAAUCCGAGCGUUCAUGGUCCUGUUUAGGAGUUUGACUUCAACUAAAAAGGUGAGAGUGACUGAGUUUUCAUACAAUGUGUUUGCUAAUGCAUUUUGUCACCAACUGCUGAACAUUCCACCAUAGAUAUACAUGUAGAACACCCCCACUGCAAAGUAUCAAGUACAGACAGUAGAUUUAUUAUGCUCAAUGUUCUUAUAUUUUAAAGCUUUACAAAAACUGUCUUAGACCUUAAGCUCUUUGGCAGUACAGAAGUGUCAUGUGUAAUACUAAAAACUGGUUUCCAAAGACAUAAUAGGGCCUUUUUAUUUUUGUUUACGUCUGUGGUAUAAAUCAAUAUAUUUUUAACCAAAUAAAGUCUCUGAUCUUUCGUCAAACAUGUUCCAAAUGUCUGAACCUCCACAGCAGCUGAAACCCUGUGAGUACCCCUGUACUGUAUGUAAACCAUGUACAUUUGACCCAAUGAAACGCCUAUGCAAACCCACUCUAACUGUGUCAUAUAUGGUCCAUGUACAAAUGUUUAUUGGUCUUGCAUUCGCUUCCAGUCUCCCCCACUCCCCAGACACCCCCUCCAGUGGGGUUUCCGAUGUUUAUCCAGGCCAGAAUGAUUGUGAGUGUAUUCAACCAACCCAUAGUCUGUGUAAAGAAGUGGACUAAGUGAGCGUGACGUCGCCCAAAUGAAGCUCAUCGACGCACAGUUAUAGGGGCCAAUUUGGAGCUGAGUUCUAUAUUUGGAAUUCUGACCACGAGUAUCAUAGCAACCAAAGAGCCAAUCCAGAGUGAGCUUCUUA